AAUUUGUCUAUAAUGAUUGCUAUUCUCUAUAUCUAAUAUCUAUCAUGUCACCACAAGACUGUCACCAAAUGCCCGUACUGAUAUUAUAGGCGGUUUUCGCUGCCAUGCACAAAUUCAAGAUUUACAGAUCUUGAAAUGCGGUGAUAGUCUUCAGAUCAAACCUGUUCAAACAAUAUAAAAAUUCAAAGCAACCUCUCCUGGAACCCAAAUUCGAAAUUGCAUAGAUAACAAUAUAAAUCGUACGGGCACCACAACACGUCGAAGUUCAAUAACUCGCGUGCGACAUUAUUCUCGGAACAAAACCGAGAUUGGUCUAUGUAUCAGUGAACAGAUAUAUUUUAUUUUUUAAAUAUUUACAGCGUUGGUACGCUAGUUAUAUAGAAUCAUUCAACAUGUCUGAACCGAAAGACUGUGUGGAGGAAAUAUGCAAGGGCGUGUCCGACCUUACGGUUCUAUCGUUCAGGAAACUGGACGACGUCAAACGAUUGGCCAAGCAUUUCCACAACGUCAUCAACCACCCCAUCACUCAGCAGAGCGCUGUCGUUUUGCGUUAUUUGAAGAACUUGGACGAGACACAUCGCAAGAUAUUCCUUAAGAAACGCGAUGGUGUCGAGGUUGAGUAUAUAUUUACGACGGAGAAGAAGAGCAACCUGCAGAGGCAACGUUUCAACAGCUUGCCUAUCAGCGAAGUGCCUGAGAUCCUUAAAACUGAAUUCCUGGUAGCGGAGACGGCGAAACAGAGUCAUAUCUGCACGGAUUGUAAGGUCGAAAUCGAGUUGAAUGAUGACGAACCGCUUAUGGAAUCCCUACAGAAACACUUCAAUCUCGACGUCCAUUUACCCAAGUUGAAAAGGGAGAGCAUCGACGUGGCUGAACCAAUUAUCUUGCCCAAGAUGUCCAGGCGUCUUUCCGCUAUGGAGUGCGGUGAUAACUCUGGGCACAGCAUUGAGCAUAUAAUACAAUUAGUGAAGCCGAUGGAAAAAAUUGAAAAAACAUUCCUCAGCAAGCUGGAAACGUCAUUGAUCAGACACUUGCCGGACAAUUCCGAAGCAAGUAUUGACGCAGCGGUGAAGUUCUAUCAGACAAUCUACGAUAAGCUCUGCAACGAUAUGAUGUCAAUCGAUUUUUCUACUCAGGCGAGUUCCGUCGCUCCAAUAAUAAUGAGCAUUAAGGACAACGUGAACCAGAAUUUUGCUGCUGACGCUAACAAAAACUUCGAAAACGACGAAGGUGAGCAGAACAACGACAGACAACUCAAGAACCAAGUUAAGAAAUAUCGUUUCUACGGACCCAUAGAGAAUUUAAUUGUUAAGCUGUUGAUGAAUCAUAAACUUUUGACUCUUGUUGACGAUCGGACGGGGAAACUCGCUUUCUUCUGCAUGGCGUGCGAAUAUUACACGCUAAGAUUUCGUUACGAUAGCGUAUUGAAUCAUGUGUUCAGUGAAACCCAUAUACACAAUCUCGCUUGCAUUCUGGACUCUGAUGAUAAAAUACCGCAAUUAUCGAGAAACAAAACGACAAUAUUAAAAAAAAUUAAGGACUUCAAUGUGUGUAUAACUAGACAUUUGUUACACGAUUUUGGAAAAACACGUGACUUAACCGAUUAUUGCACGCUAUGCCAGGUUGUACUCGAUACGAAUGAAAAGAUGAUCUUGCAUAUAUUAGAAGAGAAUCAUCUCGCAAGAUUAUCAGAUAAGCUGUAUCGUAAGAUGAAAACGAAGAAUCAAGACGGACCAGUCCCUGAUGAAUGGGGACCGAGGAGCUUGGAUUGGGCAAAGUUUUUGGCAAGCGUCGGGAAACCAUUAAACAAUCGCGACCAUGUUGUGAUAGAAAAUUUCAUAAAACCGUCUGGGAAGAUCGCUAAUUAUUGCACGUGCUGCGACAUGACCUUACGCGGUCCAAGGCAGGUGCUGUUCAAUCACAUACGUCAGAAGAAACAUUUGCGCAACGCGGCACCGCACAAACUAUCCCUAUUGUACAAAAAUCAUUGCCGUCCAGCCGAAUAUUUCGCUAGCUUCGGCAAUUAUUACGUAUGUGCCAUUUGUCCGAAUUAUGUCGCUCUGCCGUCAUUCGCAGCGACUGUUGAACACUUUGAGAGUACAAUGCACAUCGAGACUAUAUCGAAAUUGAUAAAUUCGGCCCUGAAUCCAGAUUAUGAUAAGGAAUUGCUGGAUAUGAACAGAAUUAUCGUUGAAGAUAUCGUUAAGUGCGAACUAUGCGACGUAACUUUCGCUGAUAUCAGCGAAGCAAUAACGCACAUCCUGUCGGACUUCGAACACCAGAAUUCGAUGGUCGAAGCGACAGUCAAAGCGAACAAAGCUGAUAUAAUAAGUAUAUACAUGCAAGGGAAUUAUAUAUUACACAGCGAAGGCGCUACGUUCACUUGCGUUCCAUGUAAAGGGGUUUUUAAUUCAAUCCGAUCCUUGUUAUUCCAUUUGGUAUACGCUGAACAUUUCAAAGAGAGACCGUCAGCGGAAAAUGUCUUCCGUUUUUAUUUAGAGUUGAAGCAUAACGUUAACAUGUUAUCCAGGAAUAAAUACGUGUAUUACGAUUUCGGUAAGCUGAAGUGUGGUGUCUGUGAUUCAGACGUUGACGAUGGCGAGAACGCGAAACGCCACGUUUUGUCGCCGCGUCACCGUGAAAAUAUGGGGGCCAGUUACGUUAAUAUAAAUUUAGAUACAUCUGCUAUGGAAUGAGUUAUGAAUGUACAUCGCCACCCUGCUUCGCUCGGCAUAGAAUUUUAAUCAUGUUAUACCAGUACGGGUGGAGUUAUACUGAGUGAAAUUUUAAUAAAUGAAAUAAUUUUCUAAUUUUA